GUAUUUGAAAGACCGCGAAAGCUCACCUAGUAGAGUCAACAUGACCUCGACUUGUUUCUUUAUAAAAGAUCUAACUCUGAUGUUUAUGUUCCAUUUUGGUUUCGUGACUAAAGCGUCGUAGUUAUGUUAAAUUUAUGAAUUCGUUUCGCUUGCAUUUUGAACGCAGGCAGAAGGGAAAUUCCCUUGCAAGUUGAAGUCACAUGCAAACUUUCACUUUCUACGGUUUGACUUUCUGUUUCUUGGAGCCGAUAAAAGGUGUUUAAAUUCUUCACAGAUGGCUGGUGCAAAYCCUUUCCAAAUUAAAGGAGAACUAGACGAUAUUGAUGAUAUAAUUCGGCCUCUUUUACAUGAAGAUGAUCAUACCAUACAAGAUGAAAGUUUUGGUCAUCAGUCAUUUUUGGGAGGAAUUCAACAACCAAUUAAUCAGAAUCURCACAUUGAAGUUCUUGACCUCAAGGACAUUUAUGAUAAAGUACAGAAAAAGACCUAUAAUGGGUCAGAGCAGCGUAUUGCCAAUGCAGUAGUGAACAUUGAAAUAUCCACAAUAGCUCAAAUUUCCAAAAUAUCUGUGCUUGUCAGAAGAUGCCAAAAAGCUGUUGAAAAGACAAACGAUCGAAUAGGGCCAGUACAGCUUCCAGUCAACAUCAAAAGUUCCUCUGACAAAAUCUACCUAUCUGUAGACCUUGAUUCAGUUUACAAGACAGACAAUGACUURCUKAUCUACUGGUUGGAUCGGGUUGAGGUGGAACAGCGCAAUAUGUGGGAGUUGGUGUUUGUUAUUGAAUUUAUUGAUGGAACUCAGAGUAUUUCACAAUCAAAGCCAUUCAGAAUCAGGACCAAACCACGACCAAUUGCAAGGGCUGCUGAAUUUUCACCAGAAUUGACAGGUCCAGAUAGUGAGAAAUCUCCAUUGAUGCCACCAGAAAAUAAGAGAAAGAGGCCGAGCCCUAGUGCUAGUAGUUAUGGAACAAAUCCUUCACCAUUYUCAGGCGCAUCUAGCUCUCCUGGAACCUUUAACCCAGACAAUGGUUAUAACUCUGGUCCAUCGCCAGCAUCCGUACGCACAAAUGAAGCUGUUAUAACUGACUACUUAGAAGCGCAACGUGCACAUAUCCAAAACCUCAGAGUCCAAAAAAUGAUAUCCUCACCCAAUGCCGAUAUAGCGUACCAUCUCCAGCUUCAAGGGCCUUACUACAAACGACAGGUUCUCGAGGAAGGAGACGUUGUGGGUUUUUUCGAGGAAAAAGACACGGGUAAAACUGAAAUAGCUCUUCUAUCGAUGGACAACGCUCAGGAGGCAAGGAUGGCUGGAGUCAUCAGCAGAUCUGCCUAUCUGCACGGGAACGUUCCUGCUGAAAAUAUUGAUCUAACUGACACGGUCUGCGUAAUCGGAAUCGUCGCAAUCAAAGUCACAGGYCCUGUACAGAAUGGUGAACGUAUAUACGCGUCCACAGAGAAACCCGGUGUCGGAAUCCCCGAGACUCAAAUCCCUCUACGGUCUGCUGGUAAAGUAAGCCCUAUUCUUCUAGGGCAGUCGCUCGAGUCAUCCCAUAGCUCAAGYCUCGACAGUAUUCAUCGUGUGAAGUGUUUUGUGUCGGUUGUGCUUGGAAUUCAGUCCGSACAGGUUUACGCUGCGUUGGAGGACGUGAGAAGAGACACUCGAAACAGAAUAGCGGAAAGUAUCAGACAAGCGAAAAUAAAAUUCUACCGAUGUAAGCCUUUUUAUUAUGAAAGACGUAUUAUAAUAUCUUAUAAAAUGUUAGUUUAUUGUCACUGUGUUAUUUUCCAUCAAAUACGUGCAACGACACCAUUUUCUACACCAACACCAUUGUCAAUUGCUCUAGUAGCGAAAACUAUGCCAUCAUCGUCAGCAGCGGUAAUAUCCUCAACCACAACAGCAUCGCCUACCACAGCACCCUUAUCYACUGUAAUAUCGUUAUCGACAACACCCUCGUCAGCAGCAACUCCUUUGAAAACAACAACAACAACAACAACAACAACAACAGCUUCAUCAGCAUCUUCAUCUGCAGUACCAAAUUCAUCAGACAAAGAAAAGACAAAUCAUGUUAGACUCUCACGUCUGCUAGCAGAUAUUGGACGCCGUGUUUUGCAAGAUGUCCUCGACUCGCUCCAUCCACCUUCAAGACUGCAUGCAUUUCUGAACUCAGGGCUCGUGUACUCUCAACUUGUCAAACUGAAAUCCAAAAAAAUUAUACAAUCUGAGCAAUGGGACAAGCUUUAUCCUCCAGCAGGUGUAACCGUUUCUUCAGGAAACUUCGAUAUUACCUUACUUUUUCUCUUGUUGAGAAACGUCUGUGGUGGAACYACUCCCAGCAGAGGAUGGGAUGCUGCACCCCUGGCAACAGACUUGAGCAUGGAGGCAGAUUUGGUUCGAAUCAAGCGAUGCCGCAAUGAACUUUAUGCUCACCGUGUCGAGAUGGCUAUGACYGAUAAGGAGUUUAAUUCCAACUGGAUGGAAAUUGAAGCUGCCCUKGUUAGACUUGGGGGAGAUAAAUACAAGSCUGACAUUCAACAUCUAAAGACUGAAUACUCCACGGAUCGAGAGAAGGAGAAGUAUUUCCAAACUCUUCUCUCUCAAGCGUGGGAAGAAAUUGAAGAUACGGUGCGAUGGAAAGAUCUAACACAAAGAGAYUACAUCAUUCURGUUGGYGUUAUUGCUAUUGUUUCUCCAGUGGUCGCUCACCAUUUGACGAACGUGUUGAGCCAGGGUUYUGUCAUUCUGACUGCCCUUGUUAUCUUGAGCGCUGUUUUGUACCAACUGUAUAUGCCAGGCUCAUGGUAUCGSUAUAGGGAAUGCAAUAAAGGUAGAAUCGAGGGAAGUGAAGUAUGGUUUACAUUCACCACAUUUAGUAAACAGACACCAAGAGUACAUGGAGUUGAGUUUGAAUGGGAAACGCUGAAGAAGAAGUUGAACCUGCCCUUUGACAAACAUAAAGAUCCAGGCAUGCGUUACUACCURAACAUAGACCGAUGUGCAUACGGAGGGGUAGUACUAGUCAAAUCAAGCUUGCCUUGGGAUCGAACCCCACAAGUGUGUGGAGCAGAGAUUUUCGCUGUCGACUCAACUUGCAGCCAUGCAUAUUACGAAAUGGAGGGCAAAUGGCAUGUUUACGUGAGUGGAAGGGAUUUCAAGAGCAUACAGCCUUACAACUACUUCAGCAUCAGCUAUAUUAAAACGAUGCCUACACCAUCAGACAAAGAAAAGACAAAUCAUGUUAGACUCUCACGUCUGCUAGCAGAUAUUGGACGCCGUGUUUUGCAAGAUGUCCUCGACUCGCUCCAUCCACCACCUACUCUGCAUGCAUUUCUGAACUCAGGGCACGUGUACUCUCAACUUAUUAGCCUGAAAUCCAGAAGAGUUAUUCACUCUGAGCAAUGGGAUAAGCUUUAUCCUCCAGCAGGUGUGACCGUUUCUUCAGGAAACUUUGAUAUCACUUUACUUUUUCUCUUGUUGAGAAGUGUCUGCGGUCUAGCACCUCCUACCACAGGAUGGGAUAAAGCCCCCUUGGCAACAGACUUGAGUAUGGAGGCAGAUUUGGUUCGAAUAAAGCGAUGCCGCAAUGAACUUUAUGCUCACAGAGUCGAGAUGGCUAUGACUGAUAAGGAGUUUAAUUCCAACUGGAUGGAAAUUGAAGCUACUCUGGUUAGACUUGGAGGAAUUGGGUACAAGAUUGAUAUUAAGACCUUACAGACUGUUUCCAUGGAUCCGGAGAAAGAGAAGUUCUUCCAAAUUCUUCUUUGCCAAGCAUGGGAAGAAAUUGAUAAUUCAGUUCAGUGGAAAGAUCUGAUCAAGAGAGAGUAUAAAAUUGCUUUUGUCCUUGCUAUCGUGGGUGUUGUUUUGUACCAAUUGUAUAUGCCAGGCUCAUGGUAUCGCUAUAGGGAAUGCAAUAAAGGUAGAAUCGACGGAAGUGAAGUAUGGUUUAAUUUCGGAACAGACGAUAAACAGCAACCAAGAGUGCAUGGUGUAGAGUUCAAGUGGGAAGCGCUAAAGAAGAAGUUGAAUUUGCGCUUUGAUAAGCACAGAGAUCCAGGUAUGCACUACUAUCUAAAUAUAGAUCGGUGCGCCUAUGGAGGUGUAGUGACGGUCAAGUCAACCCUGCCUUGGGAUCGAACCCCACAAGUACGUGGACCAGAGGUUUUUGCUGUCGAUUCUAACUUCCUCUUUGCCUACUAUGAAUCAAGAGAUAAAUGGCAUGUUUACAAUACUGGCAGAGAUUUUAAGGCGAUACAACCUAGUAACCAUGAUGAUUGAGCUAUUCUAAUUUGUAUGUGAAAUGACAUUUUGUAUCAAAUCAAAAUCAACGUAUCUCUAAAGAGUGCUCUAUCUUUUUGUAAUUUCAAUGCAGUUUGCAUGUGCAACUCAAAGUUCUUUCCUGAAAUUUCUUUUAGUAAGCUCGUGAACUGUUAAAUUUAAAUUUAAAUUUAUAUUUAUGAGGUAUUUGUGGAGAGUGUGGUGCUCAGGCUAUCUUUUAUAUUUUCACAUUAUUCAAACUUUGCAAGGUAAUAUAACUAUGCUUAUUGGUUAUCCUUCAUGCAUUUCCAUUGAUGACAUCUGAAACAGCAAGGCAACAACGGAAUACGUAUAGCGCCACAACAGCAAAUUGUGCAAGAAAUAAUGAAAGGAAUAUCAAUUCAAACACACACGAUGUGAUGAAUUUGAUUUUUAAGUAAAAAUUCGCUAAAGAA